AUGGCGAAAACAGAGUUUGUAAUUGUUCAAUUCGGAGGAAGCAAUUAUGAGUUUCGAUGGAAUUCGGAUUUGACUGGCACUGGUUUUCGUGGAUUCCACUGGAGGAAUUUCAUAAGUUUUCAUAAGCUUAAUAGGAGGCACACUUGUUUGUUCACCUAUGUGCAUGAGACCUCCUUCCUCCUCGAUAUUUUUUAUGACCAUGGAUCCGAGAUAAGUAGUCCUGAUUGUCACUCUCAUUUGUCUUCGAGUAAGUUAAUAAGGCUCUGA